AUGCCGCCCACGGACAUUCACAUUUCCAGAAGACAUGUACAUGAAAAAAAGUUCCUAUACUUUGCUUAUGGUAGUAACUUGCUUAAAUCAAGGUUACGAAUCAAUGCGCCGUCAGCUGUUUUUAUAACUCCUGCUAGAUUACCGGGAUACAGGCUGGAUUUCGAUAAAUAUAAUCCCAAUUGGCGGGGUGCUCCAGCAACCAUUGUUGCAGACCCUAAGGGUGAGGUCUGGGGUGCACUGUGGGCUCUGAACUAUAGCGAAAUGGCAGCCCUGGAUAAGUAA